GGAAGGAAGAAGGGAAGGUGUGUGUUUGGGUGGGUCAUUUUCCGAGGGAGGGAGGAAGAGAGAGAUAUGGAGGAAACAAGGAAGGGGAGAGAGCCUAGUUAGGAAGGAAGGAAGGAAGAAGGGAAGGUGUGUGUAGUGGGAGGUGAUAUUUAAAAAUGUGGGUCCUGUCAGGCGGUUUAAUGGCAUGCUCAGAAAAGGAACGAAAUCUGACCUCUAGUGAUGUUCCCUUCCUCUCUUGUUGACAGUCUGGGAUUCGAACCUGGGCUCAUGGAUUCGAAGCUGUAGGAACUCGAACCACCACCACGGAAGCAGUAGUGAGAUGAUGGGGAUGGAAGGAGAAGGGGAGAGGGAAUAACGUGUGUGUGUGUGUGUGUGUGUAUUAUGAUUGUCUAUAGGCCUACAGUUUCUGGCGGGCUUUUGAUAUAGGCCUAUGCUUUACAAUGAUGGUGGAUUUAUUCAUAGUUAUUUUUUUUUACCUCACUGACAACUACACACACACAAAAAAAAAAACACCGGAAGCUAUCAUUAAGAAUCUAAGAACAGCAACAACAACAAAAAACGAAAAAAAGAAAAGAAAUAUGGAAGAUAAGAAAAUUAAUCGAGAUAAGAAGAAUAAAAUGUCAAAAAAAUCACAGAAAAAAAGUUAACCAUGUGAGUAUGUGUGUAUGUAUCUAUCUAUCUAUCUAUCUAUCCACUGGGCCCUAAGAGCAGGCGGGAACAGCUGACAACCGUGCGUGCGCGUGUCAGUAUGGCCGUGACCAUUGAGCGUGGAGGGUGCAUAUUCGCAGCGUGCGGGAGUAGCUGACUUGACUGGUGUGCCGCGCGCCUCUCCGUCCCUUGAUAACCCAAAGCUUCGUUCGUGAGUCCCCGUGCAGUGAUAUAAGGAGCGGCUUCGUGGCCAGGGAUGUGCCUUUAGUCUUCCAAGGGGACUCUCCGUCAUGGAUCAACUCCCGAUGUUGGUCACCAGACGGACAAGAAGACCCUCCUCCUCCUCCUCCUCCUCCCCCUCCUCCUCCUCUCUCUCCCCUCUCUUCCUCCUUCUCCUCUUCCAAGCAGCCUCCUCCGUGGGCCUCCAGAAAGACACUUGCGAAAUACGUCCCCGCCAUAUAACGCUCAACCCAGAUGCCCAAGCCUUCAUAGGCGUGGUGGUGGGCGCGUCACAGGCUGGUGCGGGUCUGUACGGAUGUGGACCAUGGCGCGGGGAGGGCGUGGCCGCCGUGCACGCGCUCAGCUGGGGCCUCGCGCGCGCCAACCUGGAUACUGGGGGACUGGGCACUCGGAUCGUCAGUGACUCCUUCGUGCCGGGCCUCAAGUUCGGUCUCCACAUCUAUGACUCUUGCGGACGGGAAUCAAGAGCCGCGGAGGGCGUUGGAGAGGUCUUCCCCGUCCUGCGCGAAGGCCCUUCCUCCCCCUCCUCCUCCUGCCCCUCCUCCAUCACCCCCUCCUCCGCCAACGACACUCUGAAGGCGGUGGGCGUAAUGGACCUCACGGGGGUGGCCUCCACGCACCACGGCCUGUCAGCUCUUCUGCGACAGUAUAAUGUUCCUGUGUUGCAUCUCCCGCCAGCAUCCCUCCUGCCGCCCCAUCAGAGAGGAGAGGCGUUGGUGUCCUUUCUGGGUCAUCUCGGCUGGGGGUCUGCUAGCCUGCUCACCGCCUCGGACCCAUACUCCCUCGCCGUGGCCAAGGUGGUGACGGAGGAGGCGGCGGCGAGGAACGUGUGUCUGAGCUCGGUGGUGAAGGUCCCGCCGGUCACGAAGGACGCCACGCCGACCGCUGCCACACCUGACGCAGCCGCCCAGGUUGAGUUGCAGUACCGUCAGCUAGUGCGGUCAGCGGUGGCCAGCGGGCGUGUGUCGGGGGUGGUGGUGGUGGCCAGCGGAGAGGUGCUGACCCAGGUUCUCCAUGCGGUGGUGGCGGAGAGCUCCAACACGCGUGGCCUGGUGUGGUUGCUCUCUGAUCUACCUGAGGAUGACCUGGACCUGGUGCGGCGCGUGGCCCGGCUGGUUCGCGCCGUGCAGGUGGUGGGCAGCACGCCACAGACCCUGCAGGACUUUGAGGACCACUGGAGGACACUGCAGGACAUCAAGAUAGAGGCUAACCCAGAGAAUGCUUGGGUGCUGAGUUACCUGCAGCAGGAGAAGGGGUGCAAGCUUGACCCUGAGGAGGAAGGUGCCGGCCCGCGGGAGGGUGCCGGUGAGGGUGCUGCCAAGCCUCCGCCCGUGUGCCACUCCCUCCGACUGAAGGAAGACGACCUGGAUGUGUUGGCGCGCACCCGGUCUGUCCUCGCACCCAUCCACGGCCUCUUCACCCUCCUCAACGCACUCAAGAACGCCUGGAGGCUCAAGUGUCGAAACAGGCGCGGCGUGUGUUCCAAGCUGCAGGAGAUGAGCCAUGCUGAGCUCCUCCUGGACUACCUUGGCCCCCUAAGGUUCCAGCACGAUGGGCCGGGCAGCCGCAGUGUGAAGGGGCUGACUGGUGGGAAGCUGCGGAGCGACACCACCGGCAGAUUGUCUGACUCAAUGCUGGGCCUCUAUGCCAUACUGCCGGAGCGCUGGAACGACACAGUAACGGUCAGGCAGGUGAUGACGUUUGACAACUCGUCGGUGGAGGUGUUGUCUCCAGCACUGCUCCCUCGUGUCAAUGUCUGCCCUCAAGGCACCUGUGAAGCCUGCCUCACCCUCCCCAACAACCUCAUGGAACAGGGCAACGUGACGGUCGUGUCGGAGGUGGAGCAGAACAUCUUCCAGCCCUCAGCGGACCAUGUUGUGGUGGCCGGCCUCUUCCCCAUCCACCACCCCUCCACAGAUGGUGCGGACUGCGGCCUGGAGGUGGAUGGAGCGACGCUGCAGGAGGUGGAGGCCUUCCUGUGGGCAGUGGACCAGAUCAACCAACACCCCAAGCUGCUGCCCCACACCACCCUCGGGGCUCUCGUCCUCGACACAUGCGGAUCGAGGAUCCGCACCAUGAACCAGGUCACCAGCCUAGUCAAGAGCUCCCUGCCGGGCGUCAACAUAAACAUCGACGACGUCCGAGCGUUCGUAACAUCCCUGGACCCGGAGACGGCGCGGGUGGCGGGUGAGAUGCUGGCCACCCUCAAUGUGACCUCUAUCAACAUGGGUCCCACGCAAGCACACUCCCCUUACUCCCUGCAGAUGAGUCCCCCGAUCAAUAUGGAAGCAGAAGCGAUGGUGCAGAUGCUGCGUUUCCUGGGCUGGGACUACGUGUCUUUGGUAGUGUCGGCGGCGGACACAGAGAGCGUGGCGGGUGCUGAGGCCUUCCGCACGGUGGCCCAGGCGUCACGGAUCUGCGUGGCGCUGCACCUCAAGAUGGCACCCCUGGACCCACUGGCGGCUGCUACUCUUGCUGACCAGAUAGUGGAGCAGCUGACAGAAAAGGCAGCGGGUGGAGCGAGAGGCACAGCGCUCUUCCUGACGCUAUCGGACACUCGGGUCUUGCUACGAGCGGUGCAGCGGGCGGUGGUGUCAAACCGACUGCUCCGACACCAGCUGGUCUUCCUCGCUCCCUCCACCUGGGGCAAUAAUAAGGAGUCGCUUCACGAGUUCGCUGGUGACCUCGGUGGCGUGCUGCUUCUGAGGGAUGGCCAGCGCGACGUGAGGGACUUCAUUGCCCACUACCGCCUCCUCACCCCAGAGAAGAACACCCGCAACCCGUGGUUCACCCAGUACUGGCGGCAGGAGUUUGGGUGUGUGGGUGACGAGUGCCGCGAGGAUGAGGCGUCGGCGCUGCCCGUGGUGCCGUACCUCUCCGUGCCAUCAACGCCGAGGGUGGUGCAGGCACUCUUCUCCUUCGGGGCGGCGCUCACCCAGCUCAUCGACCACCUCUGUCCGCAGCACCACGGAACACUCUGCCCCGGCCUGCCAAGGUGGCGGCAAAGAACAGUCCUCAACGAAUUCCUCCGCAACACUGAGGUCUCCCGCGUUGACAAGCCAUCCGAGUACUUCCAGUUCACUGAGAAUUUCCACGGCAACGCUCCCCUCGAGGUGCUGAGCCUGGUGCGCCGCCCACCCGCCCUCUCGCCCGCUCGCUCCCCGCCCAGCUACGAGUAUGAGAAGGUUGGUCGGUACGUCAACAGCCGCCUCACUCUCGGCAACGUGAUGAUGGAGUACCACAAUGGCUCGCAGACACGCAUGGACCAGCAACCGUCCUCCUGCCUCACCAGCUGCUCCACCUGCCACCACCAGGCCUCCGACUACCUCCUGCUGGACUCCCCCGACCACCUGUACCUGGCCGUAACCCUCAGCGUGCACCAGAAGGGGGAGAAGCCGCUGGAGUGUGGCACGCUGGAUGGGGACAAGGGCAUCCAGGGUGUUGAGUCGGUGUUGUGGGCGCUGGACCAACUCAACCGUGACCCCAAGGUGCUGCCGGGGGUGACGCUGGGAGCCAUCGUGCUGGACGUUCCCUCAGUAGACAACAUCCUGGGCCUGGUGGCGGGGGGCGAGGGGGAGGAGGUGCGGCAGGUGGUGGACGUGACGCAGCCGUACGCCGUCACCACCAUCGCCACGCAGGCCACCGCCACCACCUACGCCAACACCCGCCACUUCCCCACCCUCCUGCGCCUUGCCCCGCCCAACAGUGUGGUGGGCCGUGCCAUUGCCUCCCUGCUGCUGUUCUACCGGUGGGAGGUGUUCAGCGUGGUGUACUCCGAGAGCAUCACCCAGACGGACAUACAGAAGCAUCUCAUCAAGGAGACCGAGAUGCACGGACUGAAACCCAUCCUGCGGGAGGCCAUUCCUCUCAAGGUUGAGGAGGGAGAGCACAUGCUAGGAGUGUGGCGGCGGCUGGCGGAGGCGGCUGUGGCGGGGGCGCGGGUGGUGGUGGCACUGCUUGAGCCCCACCACGCAACUCCCUUCCUGCAGACAGCCGCCGCCCUGCGCAGCCGAGGCCUCCUGCAGCAGGGCGACCUCGUGUUCAUCAUGGCACAGUCACCUUGGCCAUUCAUCAAGCACGAGAGUGAGGCGCUGGGCAUGAUGGUGGUGCAGCCCAUUAGUGGUCCGGUCCCUGCCUUCCACACCUACUUCAAGGGACUCUCACUGGCCAACCACACGGCCUAUCCCUGGUUCCACGAGUUCUGGGCUCAGACCUUCCAGUGCCAGGGCGCCGGAUGCUUCACAGGGGCAGCGCAGACCCUCAACAACUACCGGCUGCAGCAAGCGGAUAGUGUUGUCAAUACUGCCAGCGCCGUCACCCUCCUCGGACAUGCCCUGGAGAGGUGGCGAAGGGAAGCCUGCCCAGGCCAGGCGACUGGCGUGUGUCCAGAACUGACAUCAGAUGCACAGUUCCGAGACAAGCUCUUCAUGUACACACGCUCGUUGACCAACCCCGGGGCUGACGGCCGACCAAUUACCUUCAACGUGGAGGGACACAAUGGCCUCGCUGCUCUCCAGGUGCUCAACUUCCGGCGUAUGGAGGACCGAGGGAGCUCUGGACUGGUGCGUGUGGGCAUGUUCAGCGAGGGCGAGGGGCUGGUGCUCAACAGUACCCUCGUGGUGACCUACGACGGCGAGGGCGGUGAGAAGCUGAUGGCUGAUGUGCGGUCACAGUGCCUGGAUGUGGAGGUGUGUGGAGGCUCUGGUGGUGCCCCCACGGCCCGGCCAGCCAAGAGGAAUAGUCAGUACCUGCAGCUGUUCCCACACCAGAGGUUCGGCAUCAGUGGCCUCGUGCCGUACCACCAGCAGGGCCAAACGUUCUUCUCCUGUGGGCCAUUUGCCGGUGAACGUAUCUUCCAGAAUGUGGCGGCUGUGGCAUAUGCACUCACCCGCAUCAACACCAAUGACGCUGGCGUGGGUCUGGGUGCCGUAUUCUUUGACUACUGCGACCGCACAGAGCGGGCGAGGGAGCGAGUGUUCAACUUCUUCUCGGGCGAGGCUCAGGAGGGAGACUCUGGCCUGCUGUUGGGCCCUGGCCGCAUUGUGGCCUCCGUGUCCCUGGAUGAUGACGCUGCUGAGGCCGUGUCCAAUAUUCUGGCGGCCAACCACAUCCCGCACUUCAGCUCCCCGGUCGGGGGGAUCCGCUUGGCCGACCGCACUGACCACAGCAUCCUGACCAGCGUGCCGUCCCGCACAGCUGAGCUGCGUGCACUGCUGGCAGCAGCGAAGAGCUUCGGCUGGACCUUCCUGAGCGUGGUGUACGACAACGAUGCCGAUGGCCGGUUCCUGAUGGAGACCUUCCGGGGCCUGGCUGGGGCCGAGGACGUGUGCAUUGGGGACUCCCUGGGCGUGCCACAGCGCGUGUCGGAGGAGUACGCACGGCAGGUGGUGGAGACACUGGCAGCCGCCUGGAAACCCCGCGUGGUGGUGCUGCUGAUGGACGCGGCCGACAACAUCCGCACGCUGCUGCAGAUGGCUGAGCGACUGGGCCACGCGGAGCAUUUCACCUUCUUGGCGGGGCCGGCCUGGGGCAACAAGCCGGGGGUCAGCGGCGGCCUGGACAGGGUGUCGGCCGGGGCCAUCACCCUCACCACCGAGACCUACGACUUGCCGGACUUCCGCGCCUUCGUGGCCAACCUGACUCUGGAGCACCACUCGCCGCUGCCUGACGAGUGGUUCGAAGAGUAUUUCCAGCACAAGUUUGAGUGCCGGCUGUCCGCCAGCAGCCGGGUGCAGCGGCAGUUUGUGCGUGAGUGUCUGGGCACGGAGAACACUCACGCUGACGAGCUGGUGCAGGACCCGUUUGUCUUCCACACGGUGCUGGCCAUCAACGCCGUGGCCCACGGCCUGGACGCCUACCUCACGCGGCACUGUGCUGACGCCACCACCAUCGAGGAGUGCGAGGUGGUGCAAGCAGAGCUGUUACUGGAGGUGCAGCGCCAGAGCCGCCUCACCCUCAAUAACACUGCCGGCCACGGUGGGGCUGACGCCUACGGCUACCACCUCUGGAACUACCGGCGGCUGGGGGCUGACUAUGGCUAUGUCAGCGCCGGUGGCUGGCAGAACGGGGUGCUGCGCAUGGACAAGCCAGGCCUGGAGUUUAAGAUUGGUGGCUACCCACCAGACUCCCGCUGCCUGGCUGGGGCGUGCCUGGAGGUGUGUGCAUCCCAGUCAGCCGUGUAUGCCGCCAUGGCCCUGCCCAAGCCCCUGCCUAUCGACAGCAACUUCCACACUGUGUACGGCAUCACCACAGCCGUGUUGAGCCUGCUGGGUGUGGUGGCCUGCCUGGCCUGCCUCAUCUACCUCAUGGCCACCUUCCCCCCUGCAGCUGGGGCACCAGUGCUGGGCUGCCUGGCGCUGGCCGGCUGCCUCAUGGUCUACGCCGCCAACUUUGCCUUCAUCUUCCAGGCCACGGAGGGCACCUGUGCUGUGCGGCGGCUGCUGCCCGGUGUGGCCUAUGCCCUUGUCUACGCCGCCCUUCUGGUCAAGGCGCUGCAUGCCUGCCGCCUGGCCGCUGCCGCCGCCCGGGACAAUGCCAGUGGCAACAGUGGUGACAGCAGCGCCAAGAGUCCCUUGCUGGCGCGGGUGUGUGGCCAGCUAGUGGUGACGGCAGCCCUGGUGGUGGUGCAGGUGGUGCUGGCCGUCGCCUGGCUCACCCUCUACCCCCCUGAGGUGGACCUGGCCGGGAACAGCUGGCAGUGUGCGCCCACAGAGGACUUUGAGACUGAACUGGUCACCUCGCUGGCUUACGUGAUGGUGUUGCUGGCAGCCACAGCAGCGCUGUGCCUGGAGGCCUGGCACUCAGGGGCCGCCUCAGGGGAGACACGCUGGGUGCUGGCGGCCUCGCUGUGCUCCAUUGUCAGCUGGUGUGUCUGGACGGUGGCCGCCACACAGGCCCCGCGCCACCUCAGGGACCCGGCCAUAGUCAUUGGCAACCUGGUGUCAGCUUCAGUGGUGCUGGUGAUCCUCAUGGCCCGCACCGUCACCCUCUACACGCAAUUCAACCAGGACGUAAAGGAACUUGAGAUGCGGUCACACUACACAGCAGCAACCUCGCUGUGCAACGCUUCGCUCAGUGCCCACAAGGUGCCCCCCGAUGGCACACCCCCUCACCUGCCGCCCGGCCUGGACCUCUCCACCCCUGGCAUGCCCACGAGACAGUUUGUAGGCGACCAGGAGGUGAGCUUCCGGACAGUCACCCUUCCCCCAGAGGCCCCCCAGAGCCGGCUGUCCUCCCACUCCCACCCCCACACCCUCACCCACUCUGCCACCCCCUCCCGCCGCUCCCUCCGCCUCUCCCUCUCUGAUGACCUCCCCGACGACCUCAUAUUUGAUGCCUUUGAGUCGUCCGAGGAGGAGGAGUUCCCAAUCGACGCCCAGCACCCCAGCGACCAGGAGGAGGGGUCGUCGGGGGAGAGGGGGGAGAAGGAUGGUCAGAGUCAAGGUCGCAUGCCCCCCAUACGAAGGGUUGGGUCAAGGCAGAUGCUGGUGUUCCUCACUGAUGGCAAUACUAUAGGAGACGUCUCAAGGAUAUAGACCUGUGUUGCGUCGCGCUGUUCUGUGCUGUGCUUCUUCUCCUUCUUCUAAGAUUUAUCCCCUUAGAAGGGGAAACGGGCCUUUGUCAUGGGGACGGCCCGUCGCAGGGACGGCAGGCUGAACCCGCCGGCUGGCGUGCCAGGCGGGAAAAUGGGCGCACAUGGCAGCCCGUAGCAGAGCCGAGCGAGCAACUCAACAGUCUAUAGGUGGCCCAGAGGCCAGGAGAGUAGCUCGCUCGACGAGUGCUGGCGUUCCACUGUGUGCUUAUGCUGUGGCCAACCCCUCUACUAUGCUACGAUAGGUAUUUGUCUCACCCUUUAGCUCUCGAAGUUUGUAUAUAUUUCAUCAUUUAAUUAAAGGCUUCCUGGUGAGACAGAUGAUGGGAAGUAUAGCAUUUGUACUGAAUUAAAGAAAAUGCCAUAUAGUAUACUCAUGUAAAAGUUGAAUUAUUUUUUUAUUUCUACUUUUUUUACAAAUUCUGUAUGGUGAGGAGUGACGUCAACGUGCGCACAAUUGACUUUUAUGCAAAUAUAUCUGAGGCCAUGUGCAGGUAUAGUGUAUGUGCCCAUUAUAGAUAGAUAGAUAUACAGUUCUUGUGUGUACAUAAGCCUUUGUAUGUAUCUUGUAGUUAUAGUUUGUUAUGUGUGUGCUUGUGCAGCCUUCUUCACUGUUUUCUGUAUUACGACUUUGUAAAUAUUAAUAAUUCUUUUCUAAAUCAUAUAGGUAGUUGACCCUCAUCCAAUAUUCAUGCUCAGUUGAAGAGAUAGUAUCAUGCCCAUGCCACAGAACUAUCAUUAUCCAGGGGAUGUGGAGAGAGCAAUGUACUUUAUAUGUCCUCACCUGCCAGGCCUCUCCUAACCAAAUUAUCAGAGGGCCAAAAAUAUAAUAGAGAGGCCCAGUUAACAGACACACCAACACUUGCUAUAUAUAAACAUUUUAUGUAUAUAUCAAUGAGAAGCUUAUAUUUGCUGGGAAGGUUAAGGAAAGGUUACCAGGGAGAAGCCACUGUGACCUCAUUUUUCAGUCAAGAUAUUUGCAUUUUCAUAUGAAUUUACUUAGUGCAAAACCACAAAGGCAUGAAGUUUGAGUUACACAGCCAAGAGUGUUGAUGGCCACUACCAUAUGCCAUCCAUAUAUAGAUGCCAUCAAUUAUAAUUAUAGAUGUCAUCCAUUACAGAAGUUGCGAGAAGUAAACUUUGAGCACAAGUCUACGGCUGUGAGUGAGUGCCUUGUAUGUGCCUUGCUUGCCCCCUUGUGCUAUAUAUUCUGUACAGUAUUAUGGUUAUAUGCAUAGGGUAUUGGGAUGGGGCAACACUCACAGAUUUUGUACCUUGCUGGGGAUCUCAGGAACGUGUCCCUGUAAAAAUUGACAGAUAGCUUUGUGUUGUAAUAUUAAUGCAAACUUUCCCAUGGAGUCAGAUGUCUUCGAAAAGAUUUGCAUUGUCCAGCGAUAUAUAGACAAAAAUUAAGAUAUAGUUGUGUGUGUUGGUAUUGUUAGUUGUGAAAGUCUUGAGGGAACUUGAACGUGAUAAAGACUGUACUAUACUUUGCCUUCCCAUCAGUGUGGCUUGAAGAUGUAAAAAAAUAUAUGCCCCAAGACAGAGGCCAUGCUAUAUUUAAAUUAUGAUUGUGUACAUAGACUAAAAAGAUUGCUGUACAUUAUUGGCAUUGAAACUACUGUGUAUGUUGUGUGCAGCUGAUGUAAAUGUGAUAUAUAAAGAUGUAUGAAGAG